UCGGAAACGCAGGAGUUGGCGCGGCGGAGCCAUGGUGGGCCACCUGAGCGAAGGGGCCAUUGCGGCCAUAAUGCAACAGGGAGAGACAUCCAUAAAACCCAUCCUCCAAGUCAUUAGCAUUCGUCCCAUUACUACAGGGAAUAGUCCACCCCGUUAUUGACUGCUUAUGAGCGAUGGGUUGAACACUCUAUCCUCUUUUAUGUUGGCAACACAGUUGAACCUUCUUGUUGAAGAGUCACAAUUGUCUAGCAACUGUAUUUGCCAGAUUAACCGAUUUAUUGUUAACACACUGAAAGAUGGAAGGAAAGUAAUUAUUUUGAUGGAAUUAGAAGUUUUGAAAUCAGCUGAGGAAGUUGGAGUGAAGAUUGGCAACCCAUUGCCCUAUGUUGAAGGACAUGGACAGCAGCAGGUAGUUCCUUCUCUGGUCUCAGCAGCCAGUCCGCCAGCCAGCAGGCCCCAGCAACAGAGCGGGAGCUCGGGAAUGAGUGUCACUGUACCUAAGGCUUAUGGUGCCUCAAAGACAUUUGGAAAAGCUGGAGGUUCCAACCUAGUGAACAGUUCCGGGGGAUCACAGGCCAAAGUGGUACCCAUUGCCAGCCUCACCCCUUACCAAUCCAAGUGGACUAUUUGUGCUCGUGUUACCAACAAAAGUCAGAUCCGCACCUGGAGCAAUUCCCGAGGGGAGGGGAAGUUUUUCUCAAUAGAACUGGUGGAUGAAAGUGGUGAAAUCAGAGCUACUGCUUUCAAUGAGCAAGUGGACAAGUUCUUUCCCAUCAUCGACAUGAACAAGGUCUAUUAUUUCUCUAAAGGCACUCUGAAGAUUGCUAACAAACAAUUCUCAGCUGUCAAAAACGACUAGGAGAUGACCUUCAGUAAUGAGACUUCUGUCAUGCCCUGUGAAGAUGGUCAUAACCUACCUACAGUUCAAUUUGAUUUCACAAGGAUUGAUAAUCUAGAGAGCAAACCCAAGGACUCACUCAUAGACAAAAUUGGGAUCUGCAAGAACUAUGAAGAUGCCAUUAAAAUCACAGUGAAGUCUAACAACAGAGAAGUUUCUAAGAGAAAUAUCUAUUUGAUGGACAUGUCAGGGAAAAUGGUGUCUGCCACUCUGUGGGGAGAAGAUACUGAUAUAUUUGAUGGUUCUAGACAACCCGUGAUGGCUAUCAAAGGAGCCAGAGUUUCUGAUUUUGGUGGACGGAGCCUCUCUGUACUGUCUUCAAGCACAGUCAUUGUGAAUCCUGACAUCCCAGAGGCCCAUAAGCUUCGUGGAUGGUUUGACUCGGAAGGACAAGCCUUAGAUGGUGUUUCCAUCUCGGACCUAAAGGGUGGAGGAAUAGCAGGAAGCAACACCAACUGGAAAACUUUGUAUGAGGUUAAAUCAGAGAACCUGGGCCAAGGUGACAAGGCAGACUACUUUAGUUCCGUGGCGACAGUGGUGUAUCUUCGCAAAGAAAACUCCAUGUACCAGGCCUGCCCUACUCAAGACUGCAAUAAGAAAGUGAUCGAUCAACAGAAUGGAUUAUACCGCUGUGAGAAGUGUGACCGUGAAUUUCCCAAUUUCAAGUACCGCAUGAUCCUGUUGGUAAAUAUUGCCGAUUAUCAAGAGAAUCAGUGGGUCACUUGCUUCCAGGAGUCUGCAGAGGCUAUCCUCGGACAAAGCACUGCUUAUCUUGGAGAGUUAAAAGAGAAGAAUGAGCAGGCAUUUGAGGAAAUUUUCCAGAAUGCCAACUUUCGAUCGUUCGUAUUCAAGAUCAGGGUCAAACUAGAGACCUACAAUGAUGAAUCUCGAAUUAAGGCCACUGUGAUGGACGUGAAGCCCGGGGACUACAGAGAAUACAGCAGAAGGUUGAUCGCAAACAUCAGGAGAAAUGCAGCCAUGUGAGAAGCGCAGUGCCAAUUGGGCAGAAGUUCGGA